AUGGAAAACUUCAUUCUUUUGGGAUUCACAGAUCGUCUUGUCCUGAAAAACAUUCUCUUUGUGAUCUUUUUGCUCAUCUAUAUUAUCACUGUUGUAGGAAAUACUAUUAUUAUUUGGGUUGUGAAAAUCAAUCCUCAUCUUCAAACCCCCAUGUAUUUCUUUCUCAGCAAUUUGUCUUUCUUAGAUCUCUGUUAUUCUUCAGUUGUCACCCCCAAAAUGCUUGUAAACUUCCUAUCACACCAAAAAAUCAUUUCUUAUACUGGCUGCAUCUUGCAACUUUACUUUUAUGCUGGUUUAGCAACUGCAGAAUGUUACCUUUUGGCUGUGAUGGCUUAUGACCGAUACUUGGCUAUCUGUAACCCGUUCAUGUAUACAUACAUCAUGUCUCGAAGGAUCUGUAUCUCUUUGGUCGUCUUGUCAUAUUUGGCUGGAUUCCUGAAUUCUACAAUCCAGACAGGAUUUAGUUUACGAGUAACGUGUUGCAAAACCAAUGUCAUUGACCAUUUCUUCUGUGAUGGCCCCCCUCUGAGUUAUCUUUACUGUUCUGAUAUUUCACUCAAUGAACUUUUGCUAUUUGUUGGGUUUAAUGAAAUCACUACCACAACAUUGGUGUUUGUAUGCUAUUGCUGCAUCCUCUUUACUAUCCUCAGAAUGGACUCCGUAGAGGACAAAUACAAGGCUUUCUCUACUUGCACAUCUCAUUUGAUGGUUGUCACCCUUUUCUAUGGAACUCUUCUCUUCAUGUACUUGUGUCCUACAACUAGUUAUUCCAUGAACACCGAUAAAGUAGUGUCAGUCUUCUAUACAGUGAUAAUCCCGAUGCUCAACCCCAAUAAUAUACAGCUUGAAAAACAAAGAGGUUAUAAACUGUAUAAAGAAAAUAUUAAAUAUUAA